AUGGAUACGAGUAAUGCGUACACGAUACCGCCGGGUGUUCCAACUAUAUCGGUACCAUACCGCGACGAAGAAUAUUGGGCGACGAUCAGCUAUUAUGAAAUGAAUACAAGGGUUGGGGAACAAGUGAAGGUAUCUUCUUCUACAAUAACGAUUGAUGGUUAUACCGAUCCGUGCACGAAUGGUAGCAAAAUCAGUUUGGGGCUAUUCUCAAAUGUCAACAGGAAUGCAACAAUUGAAAAUACUAGAAGAAUGAUUGGAAAUGGGGUCAAAUUAACGUAUGUUCGUCAAAACGGAGCACUUUUUGCGCAAUGCGAGAGCGACUCGGCAAUUUUUGUGCAAUCAAGAAACUGCAAUUACAUUAAUGGUUUUCAUCCAACAACAGUCGUCAAGAUUGCCAAUAAAUGCUCAUUGAAAAUAUUCGACACUGAGCGGUUUAGAGAACUUCUCGAUGAUUGCAGCCGUCGUGGAUUCGAUGCUUCAUUUGAUCUACAAAAGAUGUCAUUUAUUAGAUUAUCAUUUGUGAAAGGAUGGGGUGCCGAAUAUCAAAGACAGGAUGUGACUUCAACUCCCUGCUGGAUUGAGAUUCAUCUUCAUGCUCCAUUAGUUUGGCUCGAUCGUGUUUUGUUCACAAUGAAUCCUUCGCCGAAGCCAAUUUCUUCAAUUUCCUAA